GUCGUCGAUAACCUAGAAAUCUGCAGUGUUUGUAUUCUCAGCUGGUCAAUGUUAUUCAGUGUUAUCAGCUGCUAUUAAUGUUGUGAUUAGGCCAAUUAAAAGUAGUCCAAUAUUGUCCCCGCAGCCGUCGAAGUCCCCCCAAAAAUGAAAAGCCCCCCGUCUCUUUACGACAUCUGCGUCAAACUAGCUGUCAAAGAUUGUGUUACAGUGUGUAAAUUUUGCAAAAAAGAGUUCAGAUCCCUUCCAGACAAUGUCCUCUUCGAUUUUUAUUACACAAUGUUCCUCGAGAAACGGUCGUGCCUUCUCGCUGUGGAAUUCAGCGAACUGGAAGUUUUCAUUCGAAUGCUGACGAUAAAACACAAGCGCGUGAAGCUACUAAAGAGUUUUCAAGGCUUGAUCAACCACGGCUCGAACGUCCCCGACGAGCUCAUCCAGGACUUUUCCAAAUACGUACACAAAGACCCGGAAAAGGCCGUCAGCGUGGGGAUUCAAGUGGGCAGUUUUUUCAACGAAGGGGGCUGGUACGACUACAGUAUCAAGAUCCUGACAAUAACCGAGGAGCUGUGCAGGAAGCAGGCGCAGACGGCGGAGGUUUUGCGGAAGUGCCUGCAGUGCUACCACAGACGGAUUUACGCAGAAACGAUCUACUGCGAGUUCAAAUCGGCCGAAAAUACCUUCACUUCCGCUUUGCAAGUCAUCGAAAAGCUGGAGGAAAUGAACGCGGUGCCUAAUUUGGCCGGAUUGUAUGCUAAUUUUUCUACUCUCUACUUCCACCGGAGCGAAUAUGACGAAUCAUUUGCGUGGUCUAAAAAAGCGCUGAUGUUACUCAACGAUAAACUUCCACCUAGGAUUAUAAUAGAAGUCUUGAGACAGGCCUCCAGGGCUUGCGUCGUCAAGCGUCGUUUCAACCAAGCAGGCCUUCUCAUCCGUCAAGCGGUUAACCUAGCGUCUGAGAUCUACGAAAUCGACGGUCACCCACAUUUCUCAGACACUUUACUCGAUUACGGGUUCUACUUACUCAAUUUUGACUCGAUUCAGGAGAGCGUCAAGGUCUACGAGAGGUCGCUACAGAUUCGAAUGGACGUCUUCGAAAAAAAUAAUAUCCACCUGGCGUUGGCACACGAGGACAUGGCGUACGCGCUCUACGUCAACGAGUACAGCUCGGGGAGGUUCUACGCCGCGAGGGAAAACGCGGACCGCUCGAUUCGUCUCAUGGAGCGCAUUUUGCCCAGCAACCACCUAAUGUUGGCGUCCGCGAAGCGCGUGAAGGCGCUCAUCCUCGAGGAAAUCGCGUUGGACAUGCGCGAGGGUAACAACUCCCAUCUACAAGAAAAAUUCCUAAUAGAGGCUGAAGAACUGCACCAGACUGCGUUAACUCUGUCUCGCAAAGCCUUCGGGGAGAAGAACGUGCAAACGGCUAAGCACUACGGGAAUCUGGGGCGGCUGUACCAAAGUAUGCGUCAGUUCGAGCAGGCCGAAGCGAUGCACUUGAAAGCCAUAGCCAUCAAGGAGGAGUUGCUGGGGAGCGCCGACUACGAAGUGGGGUUAAGUAUCGGGCAUCUGGCGUCCCUUUACAACUACCACAUGAAGCGGCACCAUGACGCCGAGAAACUCUACAUGCGUUCGAUGGAGAUCAACAUGAACUUGUUCGGGGAGACGUACUCGGGCUUCGAGUACGACUACCGGGGGCUGAUCAACGUGUACUCGAAGCUGUGCGAUCAGUCGAACGUGAUUUUGUACACUCUGAAAAUGCGCGAUUGGAAUAUUCUGAGGGCGCAGUCCAAGCCGCCGGUGCACGUCGAGGAGAUCUUGCCGCUCAGAGAGAUCAUCGAUAAGUUCUUGGGCAUGUGCUGAAGUCUAGUCACCGAAAUAUCAAACGAUGCUGCCAAUCUUGUUUGUCCCAAAUUUUUAUUAUUGUUUUUUUUUGGUUGAAAAUUUUCAACUUUCGCGUCUUUAGAAAAAUCUGUGAUAUUGCUUGGACAUUCCUGACGUGAAUCUCAAUGUGCAAAUGUUUUAGGUGCUUUUAAUUUCCAGUAUUACGAAUCCAGUGCUUUUGUGGGACAAGUCACUUGCAAUUUUAAUACUGUAGAGCGGGAGGCACAACGUCAAAAUCACGGACUGGAUUGGUCACUGAGCGGCGCAGCCUCCUCGAACGUAGCGUUUUAUUAUGUAACUUAGAUUUACUCAUCAAACAAAUCUCAUAUUAAUCAUGCAGUUAUUUUUUGUUGAAUAGAUUGUGAUUGAUAUUUUUACGAUAAGCAUAGUUACUUUUUUGUUACGCAAUUAUACCGCAUUUAUCUUAAA